AUGCCUCUCAGCGUCCUACCGCCCCCGUCAUUCAAGCGCACAGACACUGAUCUGUUCCAAGAAGCCAGGCAAAAAAUUCUCCUCGGAAAGAGCUACCCUUCAGCUCUGCACACGGAAGGCCAUGACGGCUUCAACGACGGAGGGAGACCUGGAAUUCACCAAGCCCUGAUACGAACCACUACUCUCGUCGAGUCAAUGGGUGGUACCCAGAGCAAAGGAGCUAUCGAGACGGCCGGAGAAUAUUGGGGGAAAGCAAAUUCCGAAGCGGCUUUUACAGCUGUCGCUGCAGAAGACGAAACAAAGAAAAUGACGAUCGUUCAGCUAGUGGCACCUUCGCUCCGACAAGUUCGCUCAUCAUUCUUUCCCUCUGCCGGACAGCCCGGGAAGGAAGUGGUCAACGGACACGACGAUUCUUGCUGGGAAGUAGCGAUCCUUCAGGUACUACGCGCUUACAAAGAUGCGGGCAGUCCGUCGACGAGAGCUACUUUGGCAUCUCAGCGUUCGGACGUUCCUUCUUUCUUUCCUUUGGUUAGUGAGGCCAGUGUUCCCAAUUCCCGUCCAGCACUGGCGCACUGGGGCACUGGGGCACUGGGGCACGGGGGGGUCUGCACCCCCGUUCCACUUGCAUCCAUCGCGUCCCGUUCAGCCAAUAGGAUUAUUGGUCUUACACGGAACGUAAGGGAAGUACCGGUACUUGUGAGCGGUGGUGCGGUCCUAGACUCUCCCGCUUUCUCCCCAACGGGUAGGCCCGCUACGCUGCGGCGGGCAACAGGAGGGAGUUGCGAUGGACCCACUUACAACUACAUAUCACCGCGAGGCAAGUACCAUCGAUCGAUGACAACCCACACCCGCUCUUUCAGAAAGAAAACAAAACGGCCAAAAGGACCCAGGAUUAUUUGGGCCGUUGUUGGAUAG